AUGACUUCUCAGGAGGACAUUGAGUUGAGCAGGCUUAUGCUCCCUCGCCCCUCAGAUCACCACGUCGCCAGGGCAGGAGCGACUCCACGACCGGUAUCCGCAGCCUCAACAACCGAAUCAUCCUCUGAGCCCGCUGUACCAGAAUUACCCCGACCAUCUUCACACCACCUUUCAGACUCCAAUUAUACCAUACAGAAUGCCUCUGCUUCGAACGACAAGUCACCCUUGAUUUUAGAUGGUGGAGAACAUCCACGAUCACCAAGUAGGAGAAAGAAGACAUCCGACCCGUGGACACUUCGCCGUCUUCCAUUACUGGGACUAGUCACGUUCAUUGUAAUGCUUAUCGUUGCACUCGAGGUUCUCUAUCACUUCUCGAACAAAAAUCAUGGCCUUGUUGCCGCGAAGCAGGAUGCAGCAUAUCUCUGGAAGUAUCUCCCAACCGCAAUAUUAACAACACUCGCAUUCUACUGGAACAAGCUCGAUUAUCAUACCAAGGCGCUUAUGCCAUGGAAGCUCAUGUCUGAGAAGCCGCAAUCGGUUGACCAAAGCCUACUAUUAGACUAUGUCUCUGGCAACCCAUUAGGAGUCCUAUCAGGAGCUAGAAAGUAUCGACACGUGCCUGUGAUUGCGUCCACAACGGGGUCACUGGUGAUCGUCCUCGUCACUGUGUUUUUUACAGGUUUAUUCAUCUCGCAAUCAACAUUAGUGCAUGAAGGGACGACAGUCUCAGUUUCGAGUGCUUUCGAUGGCACUCAAUUCGACGCCACCGCUGUUAACAGCUUUCCUAUCUUAGCUGUGUCCAGCAUCCUCUCCGACAAUCUUUCUAUCGACUAUCCUCCGGAUACAAAUGUGAACUACGCUGUGGGCGGUUUUAGUCUUGAGACCACUUUACAUGGUUCAAACGCAUCGAAGUCUGGAACUGUGGAGGCGUUCCAAGCGACUUUGGACUGUAGCAACGGAUCCAUCAACGCAACCUCGGUCACAGCUCAGCCUUACUACUGGGACAUCGAACUUGAUAUGGUGGACGAUGACUGCACAGCUACACUUCUAAUGGAACCAGUAGAGAGUUUACAUCACGUCUACGUGGAACCUUUGGUCGUCUUUCAACACUUCUAUUCAGGCCUCAGCGCCGACUUUCUUGGAGGGUCCCUUCCUUCGCGAGUGAAACCAUGGAGGCUUCUCGACUCGCAACGCCUCUACACAGCGACCACAAGUCAGAUUGCAAAUCGGUUUUUGAGAGCAAAUACCACAAUGACAGCCUCGGGUUCCUACAGGACAACUCAACUGCGCGUCACGCUCCGCACUCCCGCUCUCCGUAUCAUAGAGUCUGGGCUCUCAAUUUUGAUCAUAUGCGCUUGUAUUGUCGUGAUGGUCUUCUCUCCUUGUCCGCCUGCGUCGACUGCAUUAGCAUCAAUAGCUGUGAUACUACAUAGCAGCCAUCAGCUCAAGCCUCGCUUCUACAGAAGUGAAGGAAGGCCUCUAGGAUACAUCAAAGAGAACCUUCUAGGGCAGUCAUUCUCUUCAAAGGGUCAGUCAAACUCGAUACAACUUCAAGGAUCAGAUACUGCCCUUUCAACGAGCCCUACUCUAGCCGCAGGUACCACUACAUAG